AUGGCUCAGACCACUCAGACAAACAUGCCCAUGGGACCAUGGAAGAUCACUGUUUAUGACCAAGAGUACUACCAGGGCAGAUGGUGGGAGUUCACUUCCUGCUGCAAGAACAUUAUGGAGUAUGGCAUGGAGAACAUCCGCUCCAUGAAGGUGGAAUGUGGAGCCUGGGUGGGGUUUGAGCACAGCAGCUACAAUGGCCAGCAGUUUGUCCUGGAGAAGGGAGACUACCCUUGCUUCGAGGCCUACAUGGGAAGCCAUGGCUACCGUGUUGAGAGAAUGAUGUCUUUCCGCCCGAUCUACUCGGCUUGCCACAAGGAGUCCCGCAUGUGUGUGUGGGAGUGUGAGAACAUGAUGGGAAGACAGUGGGAUCUGUGCGAUGACUACCCUUCCCUGCAGGCUAUGGGCUGGCACAACAACGAGAUCGGCUCCAUGCAGGUUCAAAGCGGCGCCUGGGUGUGCUACCAGUACCCUGGUUAUCGUGGUUAUCAAUACAUCAUGGAAUGUGACUGGCAUGGAGGCGAGUACAGAUGCUACAGGGAGUUCGGCACCCACGCUCACACCCCCCAGAUCCAGUCCAUCCGUAGAAUCCAGAACUAAAAAUAAUGUGUCCUUCCUCCUUCGUUUCUUCUCCUCCCUCACCAGUCUUUCCACUCCUCCGUACUCAGCUUCACAGUGCAGACCUCAC